GGAUCGCUGGUCGGCGCGGACUCGGUGGGCCGAAGGGCCUGUUUCCACGCUGUAUCUCUAAACUAAACUAAAUUAAAGAUUCACCACCCUCUGACUAAAGAAUCCUUAUUAACAUAGAAACAUAGAAGCAUAGAAAAUUGGUGCAGGAGUAGGCCAUUCGGCCCUUCAAGCCUGCACCACCAUUCAAUAUGAUCAUGGCUGAUCAUCCAACUCAGUGUCCUGUACCUGCCUUCUCUCCAUACCCCCUGAUCCCUUUAGCCACAAGGGCCACAUCUAACUCCCUCUUAAAUAUAGCCAAUGAACUGGCCUCAACUACCUUCAGUGGCAGAGAAUUCCACAGAUUCACCACUCUCUGUGUAAAAAAUGAUUUUCUCAUCUCGGUCCUAAAAGACUUCCCCCUUAUCCUUAAAUUGUGACCCCUAGUUCUGGACUUCCCCAACAUCGGGAACAAUCUUCCUGCAUCUAGCCUGUCCAACCCCUUAAGAAUUUUGUAAGUUUCUUUAAGAUCCCCCCUCAAUCUUCUAAAUUCUAGCGAGUACAAGCCGAGUCUAUCCAGUCUUUCUUCAUAUGAAAGUCCUGCCAUCCCAGGAAUCAGUCUGGUGAACCUUCUCUGCAAGAAUGUCCUUCCUCAGAUUUUGAGACCAAAACUGUACGUAAUACUCCAGGUGUGGUCUCACCAAGACCCUGUACAACUGCAGUAGAACCUCCUGCAGUUGUACAGGACUGCAGUUGAAAGUCCUGCCAUCCCAGGACUCUGUAUGGUUAAGAUUAAGAUUGCAUUCCACCCCCCUACUGUGUAGCCAAUUGGAUGUAUUAUUCCCUGACCGACCUGGUCUGAAGGAUCUAAGUUAUUCCAGCUUCUUGUGUCUACUUUCGAUGAAGGACUCAUUGGUUGAGACUGAUUUCAUCUCAACAUGAAACUGACCACCCACUGCGGAGUCAUAGUGAAACCAGGAAGUGUACAGUGUCUAAAAAUACUGCGUGCAGAGUGGAGGGUGGUUGUCUUAGAGCAGCGCAGAGAGCGAGAGUGAGAGACGGGGAGGAGAGAGGAAAGAAUGGCUGAGAGCUUGGGGCAGAAUCUUCGCUGCACCAUCUGCGCCCACAUCUAUUCGGAGCCCGUCACCUUGGACUGCGGCCACAACUUCUGCCGGGCGUGCGUCUUGGGACGGUGGGGCGGAGAGGAGGGAACUGUCGCAUGCCCGCAGUGUUGCCAGGGGUUCCCCAGGAGGGAGCUGAAAACUAACCAGCUCCUCGCCACCUUGGUGACCAGCCUGGGCUUGUUGAACCUGGGUCCCAGCCCCACGGUUGGCAUGGGACGAUGCCCAUCCCACUGGGACCUGCCGAUGCUAUUCUGCCCAAAGGAUCUCACCCUGGUCUGCCCCAGCUGCCUGGCGCAAGGAUCGGAGGGCAGGAACACGCUGAUCCCCACAGAGGAAGCCUUUGCCCUCUGCCAGGAGAAGCUGGAGAACUCGGCGACGUUCCUGGAGAAGAGAUUGGAGGAGUACAGAGAGGCAGAGACCAGCCAGGUGUCCAGGACCUCCCAGACGGUGGAGUUAGCGGACAGUCUCCGGGAGAGCAUUGAGGGGCAGUUCGACACCAUGCACCAGUUCUUGCGGGAGCAGGAGAGCGACCUGCGGGAGCGGCUGGAACACGAGUCCCAGGGGGUGGUGCAGACCCUGGAGGCCAACCUCAGGCUGCUGGACAAGAGAAGCAACUCAAUCGAGAAGCUGAUCGCGGAGAUCCGCUCUCUCAUCAACGCUAAGGACCGCGACAGGCUCCUCACGGAAGUGAAAGGCAUUCUCCAAAGGAGCGACUUGCACCGGGAGCCGGUGCUGCCGCCGCCCGAGGUCAGUCUGGGCGAGUUCCGGGGGCCGCUGCAAUACGCGGCCUGGAAGCGCAUGCUGAGAGUCGUCAGCCCAGCGCCGGCCCCGCUGACCCUAGACCCGGACUCUGCCAGCCCCAGCCUCAUCCUGUCUAAGGACCACACCAUGGUGAAGCGGCGGGCCAAGCUGCGGCAGACGCCGGCGAGCAGCAGGCGUUUCACGGUGUGCGCCGCGGUGUUGUCCGCCCAGGGCUUCUCCUCGGGCCGCCACUACUGGGAGGUGGACGUGGAGACGUCGCCCGCCUGGAUCGUGGGCGCCGCCGGCGAGACGGCGGAGAGGGGCGAGGAUGUCCCGCUGACUCCCGACAACGGCUUCUGGACGGUGAGGCUGUGGAACGGCAAGGUCCACUGGAGCGGAGACGGCACCGCCGGCUCGGCCUCUUGCUCCGACCUCCGGCCCGACAGGGUGGGCGUCUUCCUGGACUACGAGGGCGGCCAGCUCUCCUUCUACGAUGCCCGCCGCAUGUCUCACCUCUGCACCUUCCACCACCGCUUCAGCGGACCCCUCUACCCGUUCCUGUACCCGCUGAGCGGGGCCCGAUACUUCCGACACUGAGGUGCUCAGGCUGUUCCACCUGCGC